AUGGUUAAAUUAAGAGAAAUUCAAAGAACAGCAACAUUUGCUUGGAGUCCAUGUGAGGAAGGAACAUGGCUAGCAACGGGAACAAUUCCGGGAGUUAUUGAUUCAGGGUUUUCAGAUACAAUGGACUUAGAACUGUGGAAGAUUGAUCUGAUGGAUUGGUCAUCAGAAUCAUUUGAAUUAACAAAAGCAAAUUAUGUAACAUCUAGUGGUACGAGAUUUAAUGAUAUUGCAUGGGGAUCAGUAGUAGAAGGUAGAAAAAGUGGAAUUAUUGCAGGAGCAAUGGAAAAUGGGGCACUAAAUCUUUGGGACGUAGAUUUAAUACGUAGUGGUGCAAGUUGUAAUGAGUCAUUAGUUGCUCAAAACACGACUCAUAAUGGUGUAAUUAAAAGUUUGGAUUUUAACACAACCCAGACGAAUUUGUUAGCAUCAGCAGGCGAAAACGGAGAAAUUUGGAUUUGGGACAUGGAAAGUCCGACAAAACCGUAUUCUUCCGGACAAAAAUCAAAUCAAUUAGGAGAGAUUCAAUCGAUAGUGUUUAAUAAAGAUCAAAAAGUGCCAUAUAUUUUGGCAACAGCAGGAAAUACAGGUGUUACAUCAGUUUGGGACCUUCGAGCGAAGAAGGCCAUUGUAAAUCUUCAAUUUCCUGGAGUAGGUGGAGGAAAAAAGGGAAUGAGUUCAGUAAUGUGGCAUCCAAAUUUUGCAACGAAGAUUAUUACCGCAUCUGAGGAGGAUGCAUUACCGGUUAUAUUAAUGUGGGAUUUAAGAAACUCACAUGCACCAGAAAAGAUUUUGUCAGGUCAUGAGGCAGGUGUAUUAUCUAUUUCAUGGUGUAAACAAGAUUCCGGACUAUUUUUAUCAUGCGGAAAAGAUAAUAGAACAUUAUGCUGGGAUCCUUUUUCAGCAGAAUUAAUUGGCGAAUUCCCUCGAUCUAACAAUUGGGUAUUUAGAGUUUCAUGGUCUUUAAAAAAUCCAGACGUAAUUGCAAAUGCUUCUUAUGAUGGAAAGAUAAUUAUUCAAACAAUUCAGACUACUCAAACCCUUAAGGCAGAAAAUCGUACGGAUCUUUCAUUAAACAUUUCAAAUGCGGAUUUCUUUGACAAUAUUCCAUCAUGUUUAAGAUCUCACGAACCACCUUUAUUAUUAAAAAAACCACCUAAAUGGCUUAGGAGAAGUUGUGGAGUAGUUUUUGGAUUUGGAGGCAAAUUGAUAGUAUUUGGAAAUAAUAAAACAUCUGGAUUAAGUAGCGUUAAAAUUAUGAAUGCUAUAGAGGAAUUAAACAUUGCUGAGGAAUUAAAUAUUAUCGAGGAUGCAAAUAAUUUUGAAGAAGUUUUAAAAAAAAAUGAAAUUAAAACAUAUUGUCAGAAAAAAAUUCAAGAAACAAAUGAUCCUUUACAAAGGAGAAUAUGGGAAAUCCUUUUUAUUCUUUUGCAUGAGGACUUCAGAGAUAAAUUUGUAGAUUUCCUUGGAUUCAAAAAAUAUAAUAUUGAAAGUGAAGUAUUGGACAAAGUUAGAGAAAUUUCUAUAAGUAAGAAGACCAAGGAGAUUACGGAUGAUCAAGAAACUGUAAAAUCUACAGAAGAAAACCUAGAAAAUUUGUUCAAAAAACAUGAAGCAAAUGCUGACUUUUUCCAAUUUAAAACAUCUAGUUCCGAAAAGAAUAUAUUCUCUCAUUUACCAGCAUUAAAUGAGCCAUUUUCAAUAUUUAAAGAUAGUGAUUCGGAAUUAGAUAAAGUUAUUACCAAAUCUAUUUUUCUAGGGCAAUUUGACAAAGCAGUUGAUUUAUGUUUGCAAGAGGAUCGACUUUCUGAUGCGUUAAUUUUCUCUUUUUGCGGGGGAAAAGAAUGCCAGAGACGUGCACAAAGAGCAUACUUUAGAAAAUUUAAUAACAUUCCAUAUAUUAGAUUAUUAUCUUCUAUAAUUGAAGAAAAUUUAUGGGAUGUCGCAUUAAAUACAGAUUUAGAGGAUUGGAAAGAAGCUCUUGUUAUUAUAUGUACAUUUUCAAAAUCUGAAAACUUUUCAGAAUUAUGUGAUGCACUAGGUGAUCGAAUAGAUACGAAAUUUCGCUCUAAAAAUACAGACCUAGAAUUAAGAGACCAAGCAGUUUUAUGCUAUCUUAUGGGAACAAAACUUGGAAAAUUAAUUAACAUUUGGAAUGAAGAAUUUCAAGAAAAAAAAAUAUCUAUAUUUAAGCAUAUUGAAACAGAUAAUAAUUCAAAUAUUUCGCCUUAUUUCUUACAUACGAAACUUCUUCAGGAUUUCAUUGAAAAAAUAGGUGUUUUUAAACAAAUAAUAAAGUCAGAUCAUAUAGAAAAAUCAAUAAAUCCUAACACCUUAUCCGUAUUAUAUAAAAAGUAUGAAGAUUAUGCAAAUAUAAUGGCAUCUCAAGGAAAUUUCAUUAUCGCUCAGAAAUAUCUUAAUUUAUUACCAGACAGUUAUAAAGAUUCUAUAGCGGCAAAAGAACGUAUUAAUAAAAUCUUAAACGUUUCUCAACAUUCAAAUACAGUUAAGGGCUUAAAUACUUCUCAGCAAUUUUCACAUACAACGUCAUUACCACAACGACCAGUCUUAAAUCCAUAUACUACUCAUUUAUAUACUUCUCAAACAUAUAAUUCAUAUACUCCAAAUAUGGAUAUGUCUAACCAGCAAGCUAAUUUACGUCCGACAAAUAAUCACCCUCAGUUACAGCAAAAACAACCCUCAUAUGCAACAUGUCCUACACCAACUGCAUAUGUUAAUAUUUCUUCACGACAUAAAGAUAUUCCAUCAUGGAAUGAUGCGCCAAUUAUUAACGUACAUAAAAAGGUUGUUCCAUCUUCAAGCCAUAUAUCUACUCCAUUUAGUCAAAACACAUGCCAAAACGAACAAAAUAUUAUUAAUAAGAAAUCCGAUCAAUUUCCUCCUCAGAAGCAAACAUUUAUUCCCCCACCUCCAAUGACCGGGCAAAAAUAUCAGGGAUUCUCUACUCAAUCUGUACAGAGUAAUAUAUCAGGGCCAUAUAAUUUACAUCCUAGUACGCAAGUAAACAAUUUAUCCACAAAAAACAAUCAAAAUGUUCCAGAAACGCACUUAUCUGGAUUAAAUAUAUAUGGAACAGGUCCAUCUAAUCCUUACAUUCCAAUACCUAAUGUUUAUCCUAUAAUUACUGGCUAUUCAAAGCAGUCUCAGAAAACAGAAAAUUUACCAUCACCAAAUAUUGAACAACAUGAGUCCACUACAAGGCAUAACCCGUUAGCAGAGUCAUAUACAAGUCAGGCUAAGGCUUUGUAUUCUCCUCAAGAACAAACAGUUUCUCCGGUACAAGUAUCAUCAAAUCUUCAAGCACUAUCGAAUCCUCAAAUACCAUUAAAUCUUCAAGCACCACCGAAAAAUGACUCUACAAAAAUUCAACAAAACAAUACCACAUCAAAUCUUUUUAAAACUACUGCUUUACAAAAUUCAAAAUAUCCACCUGGAGAUCGAUCACAUAUACCUCUUCAACUUAGACCCAUUUUUGAAGGUCUUUCAUCUGAAAUGGAACAAGUUAAGUUAUAUGCACCGCCAGCAUUUAAACGACAAGUACAAGAUACAGAAAGACGAUUAAAUAUUCUUUUUGAUCUUCUUAAUAACAAUUAUGGUCUCUCUAAAGAAUUAUUGGAUGAUAUGAAAAUUCUUGUAGAAGCCAUGCUAGCUAAAAACUAUCAAAUCGCUUUAAAUAUACACAUCAAUCUCAUUACAACUAAAACAGAAGAAUGUGGCCAUUGGAUGGUAGGUGUUAAGCGAUUACUUGAGAUGUCAAGAUCUAUACCUACAUAAUACUUUAAUUUUUAAACAGUCCAAGUCAUAGUCGUAACUUCAUAUUAAAAAUCGGAUGAUGCAAUUUUUGCUUUUUAUACAAAAAACACAUGUCUAUCUUCAAAUACAAUGUCAUG